UAUCAAAUCAAAAUUGCCUCUGACGCCAGAGAAAAACGACGUCGCUUAGCGCUGUGCCCACACUUCGCCGCCAAACAGUUGUAAAGCGCGCUCCGUUCUUUUCAGUCGAACGGGGAAGAAGGUAGCAGAAAAAGGAGACCCAAACCCUAACCCUAGCUGGAGAAUUGAAGAGUACAUGGCAUCUUCCAUGGCGUUCGCAGACUGUUCAACCUCCGCUCCUACUCGAACCUUCCUAUUCAGCAGACUCAGACCCCGCAGAGGCCUCCCCUCUAUCCCACCACAUCUCCUUCGAGGACUCCCAGUAGCUGGUUUCCGGCUCCCCAGCCUUCGUAUAACAAACUCACCGUCCUCCUUUCCUAAAGGGAAUGCUUUUCUUCGAAACAAACAGGGUUUCAGACAUUUUAGACCGUUUACAGUUUUGGCAAGUGUUUCCGCUUCUGAAGCUGCAAUAUCUACAGAGGCCUCUGCUAUGGUAAUUGAUGGGAAAUCAAUUGCCAAGGAAAUAAGACAUGAGAUAACUACUGAAAUAUCAAGAAUGAAGGAUGAAAUUGGUGUCAUUCCUGGGCUAGCAGUUAUUCUGGUUGGGGAUAGGAAGGAUUCUACAACUUACGUUCGUAACAAGAAAAAGGCUUGUGAAUCUGUAGGGAUCAAGUCUUAUGAAGUGUGCUUGCCUGAGGACUCCACGGAAGAAGAAGUGCUUAAGUUCAUCUCAGGCUUUAAUGACGAUCCUGAAGUUCAUGGCAUCCUUGUUCAAUUGCCUUUACCUUCUCAUAUGAAUGAGCAGAACAUCUUAAAUGCUGUUAGCAUUGAGAAAGAUGUGGAUGGAUUUCACCCAUUGAACAUCGGUCGGCUUGCCAUGCGAGGCAGAGAGCCCUUGUUUGUCCCUUGUACGCCAAAAGGGUGCAUAGAGUUAUUGCAUAGAUGUAACAUUGACAUCAAAGGAAAGCAGGCUGUUGUGAUUGGCCGAAGCAAUAUUGUUGGGAUGCCAGCUGCUCUAUUACUGCUAAGAGAAGAUGCUACUGUGAGUAUAGUCCAUUCCAGAACCAAGAACCCCGAGGAGGUCACAAGCCAAGCAGAUAUCAUCAUCGCAGCUGUAGGACAACCAAACAUGGUGAGGGGUAGCUGGAUAAAGCCGGGUGCUGUAAUCAUUGAUGUUGGAAUAAAUCCGGUAGAGGACGCAACAAGUCCUCGGGGUUAUAGGUUGGUUGGAGAUGUUUGUUAUGAGGAGGCCUGCAAGAUAGCUUCUGCUGUUACUCCAGUUCCUGGUGGAGUCGGUCCAAUGACUAUAGCAAUGCUCCUGUCCAAUACUCUCAGCUCAGCAAAGAGGAUGCACAACUUCCAGUGACAAAGCUGCAGUUCCUUGGGGAUAAUUUAUUUAAUUUAAACAGAGUACCCCAGCCUAAUGCUUUUAUUUUGUUCAAGCCAAACUGUUUCUCAGGAUGCAUUCCAACCUGGAUCUUGUUCCUUGCUAAUAAUCAAGAAAAACAAAUUUCUAGAUCA